UGCACGUUUUUUCGGUUUUUUCAUAAAACAAGCAUCCUCCGGUAGUUUUUUCGUUUAUUUGAUUUCACUUAGAUAUAUAAGUUUCAUGUUUCCCAGUGAUGGAUAAAUCGCCGUCAAUAUUCGACACGCCUCAAUCGGUGUUACGGGAAUCGGUUCAGCCGCAACAUAAAGCAUCAAAGCAACCAAGGAAAAAGAAAGUGUCGCCAGUCACCAAACAGCAAAUGAUACAUCAACUAUUGCAAGAACACAAACGUGAACUAGAACAUGCAGAACCCGUUGCUAAGAAGGGAAAGAAAAAAAAUGCAUCAGCUUCGCCUUCGAAAAUCAACAAACCGGAAAAACAAAAAUUUGGGCUCAAAAUCAAACUGCAGGAGGCAAAGAAACACAAGCAGAAGCUUCGCAAAAGUUUGCAAAGUCUGAACAAUUCACGAGCAGCCAGCCAGAAUUCGGAGAGCAUGCUUGAUAAUUCGUUUAUCGUUUCACCACAGCACAACAAUUCGAACUUUUCGACACCAGUGAAAAAGAACAAGAAAACGUCGAAAGCUCAGAACAAAAGUCGCAUUAUGCCACUUCCGUUCGAAGUUACUCCUUCGAAGGUCGUAAAAAAGGAGCCGGAAACGCCCGUUGUCCGGUAUUUCCCCGCUAAUAAUACAGCCAACGAUGACAGCGUAGACGUUGGUCGGCGCAAGUUCGGCUGGGUAAUUCAGCCGACAUCCGUGGACGAUUUCAUGGCUCAGUAUUGGGAGAAAAAACCGUUGCUAGUACAACGCGCCAAUCCUGCCUUCUACAGUACCUUGCUCUCCCGCGGUCAAAUCGAUGAAAUGCUGCGCAAGCAUAAUAUCGAGUAUACGAAAAAUAUUGAUGUCACAUCCUACCGGGAGGGUGAACGUAAGACCCACAAUCCAGACGGAAGAGUUCUGCCCCCGGAUAUGUGGUCCUUUUACGAGGAAGGUUGCAGUAUUCGAAUGCUCAAUCCACAAACGUAUUUGUCGGGAGUUUAUGAAAUGAACGUUGCCUUGCAGGAAUUUUUCCACUGCAUGACUGGGGCUAAUUUUUAUCUAACUCCACCCAACAGUCAAGGAUUCGCUCCACAUUACGACGAUAUAGAAGCCUUCGUUCUACAGGUUGAAGGCCGAAAGCACUGGAAGCUGUACAGUCCUCGAGAGGCGGACGAAGUGCUGCCCCGGACUUCGUCUCCUAAUUUUAAGCAGGAAGAGAUCGGAGCUCCGAUUUUGGAUGUUGUUUUAGAACCUGGAGAUUUGCUCUAUUUUCCACGGGGGAUCAUUCAUCAAGCCUGCACUGUUCCGGGCAAUCACUCGUUACAUGUAACGAUGAGUGUUUAUCAGAAAAAUAGUUGGGCUGAUCUGCUGGAGCUAUUUCUGCCUCAUGCCCUCGCACAGGCUGCCGACAGUUCACUGAGUCUACGCCAGGGAAUUCCACUCGAUCUCCAUCAACACUUUGGAAUCGUCCAUUCGGAUAACCAAACGGCAACACGGAAAGAGCUGGUCAAGCGAAUCAAAAGCCUUUUCGAUACGGUCUUCAGUGAGGAAGCUAUUGACAUCGCAGUGGAUCAAAUGGCUAAACGUUUCCAGCACGAUGCCUUGCCUCCGCUGGUGACGACCGACGAAAUUCCCAAAACGGUUUACGGAGCAAAUUAUGAGCCGAACCCGGACGGGACGGUAUCGGCUCGAGUAGCGUUCACCGAUCGGACGACCGUCCGCCUCCUGCGUCGCAACGUCCUACGGUUGAUAAGCGAAGAAAGCAAGCUACGUAUUUACUAUCACACCGACAAUUCACGGGAGUAUCACGAGUACGAGCCUAACUUCUUGGAGGUAGACCAGGAUGCUGCCCUCGCAGUCGAACUGUUGGUUAAAAUGUACCCGCAACCGGUGACCAUCGGAGAUUUGCCGGUUGAGGAUAAAGUCGAAUUUGCCAAAAGCCUGUGGGAGAAAGGACUGGUCGUUGUGGGUUAACGGCAGAGGUUCGAAAGUUUAUCAUUAUAUGUAUUAUAAUAGAUUGCGUUAGAAAUUGUUUUGC